AUGUCUUCAACCGCGGUGAAUCCAUUACUUGCAGGUAAGAUUGCUUCCCUGUUCCCAGUUAUUGAGUCUGUGCAAUCAACUCUUGAUAGAAGUAAAUUGAUUGAAGCUCAACAACGAGAAUUGAUCAAACAGAGAUUACUUGAAAGUCCAAAUUUAGAACACCGUCUUACUGAUUCUUCAGAAUCAGAAUUCGAAGAUGAUGGUGAGGUCGGGCCGUUGCUGAGGGACUUGAACAGAUCUUCCAAGCUUUCAAGAAACAAUAUUCCUCCAUCCUUGAAUAUCCAUCACCAACAAAUGAAGCACGUUCCAAUGAGUAUAAAAACCGCCCCAAUGAGAAUGGAUUAUCGAAAAUCCAUCAUGAUGAAGAAAUAUCAAAAAGGCUGUCUGUUACAGUACAUUCCAGUUAGAAACAUGUAUCAAAAUUCAUUAUUUAUGAUGAAUCAUCACCAACAGCAACAGCAAAAACAGCAGAAACUAGUACUGCCACAGAAAAUCUCAAAAUCUCCUUAUAUACAUACAUCUUCUUCCUCCUACAUUUACAAUCCCGUACCAAUGAAUUUCAACAAAAGUUCCAAUCCACGCUACGCUAAAAGUAUACUAAGAUCCACCUCACCUCCUAGAAUAACAAAGACCACAAUCACAUCAUCAAAUUGUCCUGCCUAUUAUUCACCAAAGACAGGCCAUUCAGUUUCGGCAACAUAUAGAAAAAAGAUUACUACCCCAAUUGUUGCCGAUGUUUUUGAAGAUGCUCUUGAUAAAUCCAAACAGCUCAACAAAUUGGCGCCAUUUGAGAGUCAACCAAUGUCUGCUCGCGGGGAAUAUUUCAAUUUAAGUGAUAAAGAAUUUAAUUUUGCAGAGGAUGAGGAAGAACAAUCUGGACAACGGUCAGAGAAAAUUAGAUCACAAUCCGUUAAAUCUUCAUCAUCAACCUCGGUAAACUUUGAUGACAUGGACGAAACUGUAGGAAACUAUGAAGAUCAGGAAUACGAUGUUGAAAGUUGGGCCAUUGAAGAUGGUGCCGAAACCCAUUCUCCUUCAUUAGAAUUUACCACCAACAAAAGUUUAGUGAAAAAUGAAAUCAAAAUAGGAGCCCAAAUAUACAGCUUUGAUAUGAAGCUUUCAAUGACGAUGAGUGAUAACAAAAACAGUAUCCACUUGAUGAACUCUAAAAUGAUAUUCUUAAACCACUGUGGUAAUGUGUGGAACAAAUUCGUGGACACCGAGUUGAGACAACAAAUCAAGCAGUAA